AUGAUCUACUCCAUCCAAUCCUUUCCUAAUGGUGCCCCUGCCCUCACUCUCUGCACACCUGCUCCUUGCCUGACAUCCUCUCCUCUGCACACUCCUGCUGGCAGAGCUGCAGUGGAUCCUAAAAUUUGGAGAUUUUUCAUUCUUUUUAGUGGUUCCAAUGGCACGUUUCCUGUAAAACUGAGUAUUCUCAUCAAGGCUAAUGUUUGCUUUCUAUGUAACUCUAAUGCACUCCUCUUCCCAGCCGAAGUGGGUGAGUUCCCCCACCAUGGGCAGGGCUUAAAAACCACGGAGAAUUCCAGACAGGACAGGUUCACACAACCUGCCUGUGUGAACACAGUGAUCAUGUGGCCUGGGACACUGUGGGUAACACUCCCACUGCUCUGCAGGGUCAGCCUGGCAGCUUUGCCAGCUAAACCUGAGAACAUUACUUGCAUCCUCUAUUUUAAGAAGAAUUUAACUUGCACUUGGAGUUCAGAACAUGAAGAAGCUGUUAACUACACUGUUAAGAGAAUUUACUCUGCUGGAAAUAUCAGUCAUACUUGUACAGCUGAUAAUUCUGAAAACAAAACAUAUGCUUCGUGCUCUUUUUAUCGUCCAACAAUAAUACCACCGGAUAAGCAUAUCAUUCAAGUGGAAGCACAAAAUGCAGAUGGUACAACUAAAUCUGAUAAAAUAGUUGAGAACUUGACUGCCAUUAUGAAAAUUGAUCCACCUGAGAUUUUGAGUGUGAAACCAAUUUUGGAUGUCAAACGAAUGGUUCAAGUAAAAUGGGAAAGGCCUAGUCGGGCACUUUCGACAUAUACUUUUAAGUAUGUGCUUCGCUUUAGAGCUGUAAAUGCUACCUUUUGGACGGAAGUUAACUUCACCAAACUGGACUUCGAGAUCCCUGACAGGCACAACCUCACUGGACUACAAGCGUUUACGGAAUAUGUGGUGGCUCUGCGGUGGGCAGUGAUCGAGUCAGUGUUCUGGAGUGACUGGAGUCCUGAAUGUCAGGGGACAACAGAGGAGGAAGCUCCAUAUGGCCUAGAUGUGUGGAGAGUCCUGGGCCCAACUGACGUGGAUGGAAGAAGGCCUGUGCGUGUGUUAUGGAAGAAGGCAAAAGAAGCCCCAUUUCUGGAAAAAGCACUUGGCUACAACAUAAGGUACUUUCCAGAAGACAACACUAAUCUCACAAAAAUCAUGAAUACCAGUAAUCAACAGCUUGAAUUGUAUCUGGGGCGCAAGCCCUAUUGUGUGUCUGUGACUUCUUACAAUUCUCUGGGCAAGUCUCCAGUGAGCACCCUGAGGAUACCGGCUGUUGAUGAAAAGUCCUUCAGAAGCAUCGAAUCGGCACACUCCUGGAGCACUCAGGAUCAGCUGGUGGUGGAAUGGCAGAGCUCCUCUCCAGACGUGGACACAUGGAUGGUCGAGUGGGUCCCAGAUCUUGACUCAGAGAUCUCCACUAUUUCCUGGGAAUCUGUGACUCACGCCAGGAACUGGACAAUCCAGCAAGAUAAAUUAAGACCUUUCUGGUGCUAUAACAUCUCUAUGUAUCCAAUGAUGCAGGGCCGAGUGGGCAAGCCAUAUUCUAUCCAGGCCUAUGUCAAAGAAGACACGCCGGGACAAGGACCUGUGACUAGGACGGAGAACAUUGGUGUGAAUACUGUCACAAUCACAUGGCAAAAGAUCCCCAAAAGUAAGAGGAAUGGUUUCAUUAACAACUACACCAUAUUUUACCAAGCAGAAGAUGGAAAGGAAUUCUCCAAGACUGUCAACUCCAGCAUCCUGCAAUAUGACUUGGACUCCCUGAGAAGAAAGACAUCAUACACUGUUCAGGUCAUGGCCAGCACCAGAGCUGGGGGGACCAAUGGCACCAGGAUCACCUUCAAAACAUUGUCAAUUAGUGUCCUUGAGAUUUUCCUUGUAACUGCUCUGGUUGGAGGAGGACUGCUGAUUCUCAUCAUCCUGACCAUGGUAUAUGGGCUCAAAAAACCCAACAAAUUGAAGCACCUCUGUUGGCCAAAGGUCCCCAAUCCUGCUGAAAGCAGCAUAGCCGCAUGGCCUGGAGGGGCAUUGAAGGAUAAACUAUAUCUGAAGGAUUUUGAUGACACUGUGAACACAGAGGAAGACAGGAUCCUAAAACCAUGUAUUGUUCCCCAAGAUCUUAUUGACAAGUUGAUAGUGAACUUUGAGAAUUUUCUGGAAGAGGUUUCCAUAGAGCCUACAAAAGAUCAGGAAAAUGUAUUGGGAGGGGAAGAGAAUGAAUAUGUGUACACGCCCUACAGGCCCUACUGUCCUGUGGAGAAGAGUUUUGAGGAUCCCUCCAUUUUGACCAAGAUUCCACCUGCGGAGUCCCUGCUAUAUCCUGAAAUGCCAGCAGGCAGCUGCUCAGAGUCCAAGGAGCAUCUUUCUUCCACACAGAGUUUAGGACCAGACCAUUUCAGUGAGGAAGAAGCAAUGAAUCCCUAUCUGAAAAAUUCAGUGACAACCAGAGAAUUCCUUAUGUCUGAAACACUGCUAGACCAAAGCCAGAGAGAAUGA